GAGUGGGAGGCCAUGGGGGUGGAGCAGCUGCGGCUCAGCACCGUGGACAUCACCGGAGUGCCCACCGCGGAGCACCUGCGCCGGGGCGUGGCGUUCAUCCUGCAGCACCGCGCCCGCGGCCACAGCGUGUACGUGCACUGCAAGGCAGGGCGCUCCCGCAGUGCCACCGUGGUGGCCGCUUACCUCAUCCAGCUGCAUCGCUGGAGCCCUCAGAAGGCAAUCGAGGCCAUUGCCAAGAUUCGUCCCCACAUCCUCAUUCGGCACAAGCAAGUCCAGGCCCUGGAGGAGUUUCACAGGAACAUGAUCACCGGGACAACGGCAAAAUGUCAGUAA